AUGUCUGGAGUGGUCAUUUCGGAGUAUUGGCUUGAUGAGAUGGGAAACCCAGGCACCGUGAUGACCGGUACAAUCACCGCAUUGUACGAUGUUGGAGGUGUUUUUGGUGCGAUUAUUGCUGCCUUCACGGUCGAGAGCCUUGGCCGCAAGCGUGGGUUGAUGGUUGGGGCUGCCCUGAUCGUCAUUGGAUCUAUUUUAAUGGGGGCAUCCGUUGAGCGAGUGCUGAUGAUAGUCGGCCGAAUUUUAACAGGGCUGGGAAUUGGAUUCUUGACCUCUGUUGCACCCGUUUACCAGAGUGAGAUAUGUCUCCCUAGCCAGCGAGGCUGGCAUCUCUGCUGUCAGUUGACAAUGAUGUUAUUCGGUUUGAUGUUGGCAUAUUGGAUCAACUACGCAUUCUAUUUUCACCCAGGCGCUAUACAGUGGCGAUUCCCGCUCCUUUUUCAGGCUGUGUUUGCCCUUUACGUUCUAUUCAUGACGCCAUUUCUACCCGAUACGCCUCGCUGGUUGAUGCUACAUGAUUCUACACCCGACCGAGGCACUGCAGUUCUGGCCAAGCUACGCAACAAACCUGAGCACGACCCAGUUGUACAGAAAGAGAAGUCAGAUAUUCUAUCUGCGAUAAAUAUUGAGUCGGAGGAGGAAGGCACCUGGAAGUCUUUAUUUAUGGAUGGAGGGUGUGCUGCCAACAAGCGGUUCUUCUUAGCGCUUGGUAUUCAAUUUAUGCAACAGACUUCAGGAAUCAACAUUGUGAGCUACUACGCUCCCACACUAUUCCAGGAUAGUCUGGGCAUGGACCAGGAACGAGCCUUGUUCGUGGGAUGUUUCUUACAGCUGUGGUAUAUCAUCGCUUCCUUUUUAACAUGGUACAUGAUUGACUCAGUUGGCAGACGUCGACUGUUCAUUACCAUGGCAAUUGGAAUGUGCAUUGUGCUGGUUUGCGAAGCCAUAACCGUGGCUAUCGACAGCAAACCGUCAGGCAUCGCAGCCGUCUUCUUUGUUUUUGCAUUCGAGGCCUGUUUCACUUGGGGAUGGAUGGCCACGGUCUGGGUCUAUCCUGCCGAGAUUCUCCCGCUCAAGAUUCGCUCCAAGGGCGCCGCACUAGCAGCAGCAGCAGAUUUCCUUGGAAACUUCUUGGUUGUCGAAAUCACACCUCCUGCUCUUGAGAAUAUAGGCUACCAGACCUAUAUCAUAUUUGCAGUCUUCAACAUCGUUGCAGCUUUCAUUGUCUAUUGUUUCUACCCAGAGACGUCUUACUUAAACCUGGAGUCGGUCGAUCUUAUCUUUCUACCGGAUGAGGACCGGGACCAGGAGAUCGAAGCGAAGCGCAAUUUCUACCAGAAAGCUUUACAGUGGAAUGUUGUUCCCAGGGCUCGAAUUGCAGUCGAAGAGGCCAAGGCAAGAAAGAAGGCCGGUCUUGCUGAGGCGUUGGGUGAUAUUGAGCUAGCUCAGGCUGACGCCAAGUUCCCUGGACCCACCCAUGUUGAAUAUCAAGAAUAA